AUGCAGCAGGGCAUGCAGCAACAGCUGCAGCAGGAGCAACUGCAGCAACAGCAACUGCUGCAGCAGCAGCAGCUGCAGCAGCAGCAGAUGCAUCCGCAGGAGCUGCAACAGCAGCCCCUUCAUAUGCUAUCUAUCAAACCUGAUGGUGCGCAAACAAUGACUCACCCGGCUCAGCUGCAACGCAUGCAGACCCCACACCAGCAGCAGCAGCUGCAGCAGCAGCAGCUGCAGCAGCAGCAGCAAUUGCAGCAGCAGCCCCAACUGCAGCACCUGCAACAACAGGCGCUGCAGGCGCAGCAGCUGCCUCCGCAGCAGCUUCAACAGCAGACGCUGCAACAGCAGCAGCUUCAACAGCAGCAGCUGCAGCACCAGCAACUGCAGCAGCAGCAGCAGCAGCAACAGCAGCAGCUGCAGCAGCAGCAGCAAGCUCGAUCUGGUGUUCAGAGGAACGUAGAGCCGAAGUAUGUGCUGAUGCUGCUGCAGCGCAUGGCGGAGGCGGACCCGGCACGCUUUAGAGGCGUAGAGCUGCCGCAGACAGGGGGCCGCUCUUUAGCUGCUUUGCUGCAGUCGUUAGAAGAGAGAGGAAUUGUUAGAGUUCAAGACGCCUUAAAGAGUGCAUAUGAGUUAGCCAAGCAGCAGCAGCAGCAGCAGCAGGUGCUGCUGCAGCAGCAGCAACAGCCCGGGAAGGCGCAGCAGCAGCAGCCGUUCACGCAGCCGCAUCUGCAGCAACAACUUCAACAGCUGCAGCAGCAACAGCAACAGCAGCAGCAGCAGCAACAGGAGCGGCAACUCUCAGUGCCAACGCCAUCGCAGCAGCCGCAGCAGCAGCAGCAGCAGCAGCAGCAGCAACGCAUGCAGCAGCAGAACGAUCAGGCGUUGGCAGCAGCAAACCGCGCCAGGCUUCCUGCUGCUGCUGACGCACAGGGAAGUGCUGCAGCGAUGCCGCCUCCAGUGAGUUGUAGCAGCAGCAGCACCAGCAACAAUAGCAGCAGCAGCAGCAGCAGCAGCAAAUAG